AUGGUUCUCCUCGUCACCUCCGACAACGAGCAGUUCAACGCCGACAAGGACGUCGUAGAGCGCUCUGUCCUCAUUAAGAACAUGCUUGAGGAUGUUGGCGAGUCCGACCAGCCCAUUCCUCUCCCCAACGUCUCGUCGAGUGUCCUGAAGAAGGUUCUCGAGUACUGCGAGCACCACCGUGGCGAGCCCCUACCCUCCGCCGAUGCUGACCAGUCCCAGGACGAGACCCGCAAGCGCACAACGGACAUUAGCGAGUGGGAUCAGAAGUUCAUCACCGUUGAUCAGGAAAUGCUUUUUGAGAUCAUCCUUGCCGCCAACUACCUCGAUAUCAAGUCGUUGCUCGAUGUUGGCUGCAAGACAGUCGCCAACAUGAUCAAGGGCAAGACCCCGGAGGAGAUCCGCAAGCUCUUCAACAUCGUGAAUGACUUCACACCCGAGGAGGAGGCUCAAAUCAAGAAGGAGAACGAAUGGGCAGAGGAUCGAUGA